AUGGUGCUGCUCUGCUCGACGCCGUCGAAGCCGUUGGCUGUGGACGUGGCUGCGGCGCGUCUACUGAUCGUGAAGCUGACAUCAUCACUGGCUGCACGAGAGUAUGUUCGCACGUUGGCUGCGACCACGUAUGGACGCUGCGUGCUCGGACUCGCAGGGUUCUUGACGGUUGUGACCGACCAUAUGGCAGCGUUCGUGAAGCGCGUGGAAAGUGAUGUGAAUGCUGACGAUCUGCAGAUACUGCGAGAAGUGCUUUUGCUGCUUGCCGAAUCAGUGGUUGACGAAGACAACGCGACCUUUAUUGCGCGUAUUGGAGCCCACCCUUUGCUAAUGCAUCUUAUGGAGCACGAGAACGAAGAUGUCCAAGAGGCAGCUGCCGCGGUCGUCUCAGGUUGCACCAGUAGCCCAUCCGCUAUCACAUUUCCACACCGCGUACGCCAAGUGGGGGAAGUGGAGCAGUUGUGGCCGCGUGCAGUGCCGCUGCCUUUUGACGUCCGCGACAGUGCUAUCAAAGAUCCAGAUGGCAGCCCAAGCACGCUGCAUGUGCUUAUUCGUCAGGUCCCGAUUCGCAUGACAGGACAGUGCAAAACGGGUUAUCUGCUUUGGGGCGCAGCUUUUGUCCUCGCUCGCUGGAUUCACAAGCGCCGUGACCUGUUUGUAGGCAAAAGCGUGAUUGAGGUGGGCAGUGGUCUUGGACUCGGAGGCAUCACUGCAGCACGAUAUGCGAGCCACACUACGCUUACGGACUACCAAGCUGAUACAUGCGCAGCGCUAGAGUACAAUGUGCAGCUGAACAGACCGUUCACACACGAGUUUGACUCAGCGAAACCGGAGGUGCAGGUAUCGCUUCUGGACUGGGACCUUGCUGAAAGUAUCGAGGCCGUGCCCAAGGCCCAAGUGGUUAUUGGCAGCGACAUCAUCUGCGAGCCAAGUACAGCCGAAGGGUUUCUGCGAGUUGUGCGACACCACCUGCUGAGCAACCUCGACGGCGUGGCUUACCUCGUCAACGCCAACAGCCACAGUCGUUUCGGGGUUGUUCAUCUGCACGCACUCUUGGCUGCAAGUACCGACCUUUCCUACAGCAUCACACGAGUUGAUGAGCUGCCUGAUGGCACAGAGCUUCUCAAGACGGUCAACGAAGCGCUGGAACUCUCGUACGAACUCUAUACGAUUCGUGCAGCUUCUCGCUAG